AUGUCUGAGGUCCAGAAGACUGUUGAGGAGACCCCCGCGGUCGUUCCUGCCGCUGAGACUGCUGCUGAGACCCCUGUUGAGACUCCUGCUGCCACAGAGGCUGCAGCUGAAGCUCCCAAGGAGACCACUGUGGCCGCCGAGCCCACUGCCACUCCCGCCGUUGAGAACACCGAGGCUGCUGAGCCCGCCAAGGAGGAGGUGAAGCCCGCUACCGAGGGGGUUUUGGGAUACAAGGCUCCUGGUCUUGUCAAGGGCUUCCGCUUCGCCAAGCGCUUCUUCUACUUCAACGAGGAGGCUGUUGAGAGCAAGCAGCUCUCCGUCUUCCACCAGAACGAGAAGGCCGCUGUCGCCAACCCCACCGCCGCCUGGGCCAGCCAAACCGGCAAGGGUCUGCUCUUCUUCACCAAGCGCGCUGAGGACAAGGCCACCCCCGCUGGCAUUUUCAACCUUGCCGAUGUCUCUGACGUGACCAAGGAGGGUACCAGCGAGUUCCUCUUCAAGGUUGCUGGCCAGAAGCACACCUUCCAGGCCUCCAGUGCCGCCGAACGUGACAGCUGGGUUGUCGCCAUCGAGGCCCAGGCCACCGAAGCCAAGGCCGAGAAGGAGACCAUCACCUCCGGCGAGGGUUACAAGGCUGAGCUUGAGAAGCUGACCAAGCCUGCCAUUGCCGCUGCCGCCGCCAAGAAGCCCGAGGAGAAGAAGGCUGAGGACAAGAAGGAGGAGACACCCGCUGCGGCUGCUGAGGCCACUCAGGAGGAGCCCAAGGAAGAGAAGAAGGAGGAGAAGGCCGCCGCCAAGAGCCGUUCCCAGUCCCGCAAGCGCACCAGCAUCUUCGGCACCCUUCUGGGCAAGAAGGACGCCGAGGAGAAGAAGGCUGAGGACAAGAAGGAGGAGACUCCCGCUGCCGAGGAGACCAAGGCCGCUGAGCCUGCUGCUGAGCCCUCUGUUGAGGCUCCUGCCCCUGUUGCUGCUGAGACCACCGAGACUGCUGCUGCCCCCACUGAGGCGGCCGAGCCUACUGCUGAGACCCCUACUGAGACUACCGAAGCCGCCAAGGAGGAGGUCAAGGAUGAGAAGAAGGCCGAGAAGAAGGCCAAGCGUGCUUCCAUCUUCGGUAACUUCUUCCAGAAGGUCGCCAGCCCCUCCCAGGAGAAGUCCGAGAAGGAGGCUACCGCCCCCGCCGCCGAGGAGACUCCCGUCGCCAGCACCGCUCCUCAGCUCGAGAACCCCGUCGAGGAGGCCGCCGUCAAGCCCAUCGAAGCCGAGGCUGUGACUGCUCCCGCUGACGCUGUGGAGACCCCUGCUGCCGAGACUCCUGCUGCCGAGGCCGUCUCCACCCCCAAGGAGAAGCGCCGCACUUCGUUCUUCGGCAACCUUGGCAUGAAGAAGGAGAAGAAGGCUGAUUCUGACAACGAAGUCACCGACGGUGAGACAAAGGAGACCAAGACCAAGAAGCUCGGCGGUCUUUUCCGCAAGCCCAGCAAGGCUGUCAAGCUCGACAAGGAGGAGGUCGCUGCCGCUGAGACCGAGGCCAAGCCUGACGCCGCUGAGGAGGCUCCCGCCGUCCCUGCCAAGGAGACUGCCACCGAGGCCCCCGGUGCCGUCGAGGAGGCCCCCAAGGCCACCGAGACCGCUGAGGAGUCCAAGAACGUCAACGUUGCCGUCGCCACCCCUGUUCAGGCUGCCGCAUGA